CAGAAUCCACAACUUGAUGAUUUUCUAUAUGAAUUGGAACGUGGGAAGAUGAAAGAGGAAACAUGGUAUGGCAGGAAGAUUCAUAAAAAAACCCAGCUUGGGAGAAAGGAAACAACAGUUUCUGUGUCUUUUACCUCCUGUUUAUCCUUUUACUUCCUUACCACUAGUGAAAGUUCAUCCCAUGUGAGCUUUUGUCAGUGCAGCUAGGUGCAUGCACUCUAGACACUCGCUUUUGUUUUUGAGAGAGACACUUGCUAUUUAGCCAGUAGCAAUGGGUAUCUAGUACGUAUUCCACAAAUGGAAAUAGUUCCUUUUUGCAAGACACUGUUCGUUGUUGUGCAGGUUUUUCAUGUGCUUAAGGGUCUGCUUAGGUACCCCACUUAGUGGGUUUUGUUAACUUCAGCCUCAUGAUCAUCAUCAUCUGUGAGACUUACACCUUCUCAAUUUCUACUGUUUCACCUGCACGCCCGGAACAUAUAUGGAAGAGUUGUAAGCAUAAUUGUGGUCAAAAUCAAACCUCAAUGCUACCCUUCAUUUAUUGGGUAGGAAUAGGAUUAACCGGUUCAGUUUUAAGUACUGGAACUGCCAAUUUAGGGCACGGCUACAAUUAACUGUUCUGCCGUUGAAACUGGAAGCCGAAACAGUUCUCUUCUGUUCCUCAAUCACAUUCCACCAAAACUUGGAAGCGAAAAUGCAGAUAACUUCCUCAUUUCUCAUCUUCUUCUUUCACUUCCCCGCCCUCAUCUCCUUCACAGAUGGCGCCACAACAGAACUCACAAUACUCAACAACUGCAACUACAGCGUAUGGCCAGGAAUCCUGGGUAAUGCAGGCCACAGCACCCCAAAACAAGGCGGCUUCCAUCUCUGCCGUGGCCAACAAGUUACCUUCCAAGUACCCCGCCACUGGUCGGGCAGAAUCUGGCCGAGACAAGGCUGCAGUUUCGAUCAAUCCACCAAGAAAGGCUACUGCCAGACCGGAGACUGCUCUGGCAUGCUCGAGUGCAGAGGCAUCGGCGGUGUCCCUCCAGCAACCUUAGUCGAGAUGACCCUGGGAACUUCUGCAUCGGCCUUACAUUUCUACGAUGUCAGCCUGCUCGACGGAUUCAAUGUUCCGGUCUCGGUUGUGCCAAUCAAUGGCCGGGGAAGGGAGUGUGGAGUGGCGGCUUGUGAGGCUGAUUUGAAUGCGGUGUGCCCUUCUGUUCUGGUCAUCGAGCGGGAGGGGAAAGUGGUGGGUUGCAAGAGCGCUUGUUUGGCUGCCAAAAGUGAUAGCUAUUGCUGCAGAGGGGAAUUUGCUGAUCCGAAGGCUUGCAAGCCGAGUGUGUUUGGUAUUGUCUUCAAGGCGAUUUGCCCUAGGGCUUAUAGCUUUGCUUUUGAUGAGGCUUCUGGGCUCAAGACUUGUAUUGCUCCUCGUUAUGUCAUCACCUUCUGCUCCUCUUGAUUGACAGAUUUUGAUGCUCAUUCGUAUAAAGUUCUGAACUUUGU